AUGCAAGCUACAAGUAUUGUUUUACCUUUAACACUACUCAUUUUAACAAUUCUCAUUGACAGCAUAUUUUCAAAUCCAAUAUUGGGAUUAUGGGACUCGAACUGUUUUGUAGUUCGCGACGAAAAAUGCCCCAAUCAAAAUGUUACAUUUUGGCUUUAUAAGAAUGAAACACGUCAAAAUCCUUUACAGUUGUUACCGGAAAAUUUGAAUCCAUGGGAUUUUCAGCCAAGACGUCCAGUAAAGAUUCUAAUACAUGGUUAUACAGGACAUCGAGAUUUUGCACCAAAUGCAAUGAUAAGACCAGCAUUUUUAGAUGCGGAGCACGUUUACGUUAUUUCUGUGGAUUAUGGACCACUUGUGCGUCAGCCCUGUUACUUUGCCGGUGUUGAAAACUUACCAGUGGCUAGUAGAUGCUUGGCACAGCUAAUAAAUAAUUUGGUUAGCCUAAGCAUUGUUGAUAAUGAUGACUUACACGUAAUUGGCUUCAGUUUGGGUGCACAGGUAGCGGGACAGACAGCAAAUUAUCUACAAAAGAAGCUUAAGAGGAUAACAGGUUUGGACCCUGCAAAGCCAAUGUUUAUCACAGUCGGUUCUGAUCGUAAAUUAGAUCCAACUGAUGCUGAUUUUGUAGAUGUCAUACACACAGAUGUGCUUGGUCGUGGUAUGCUACGUUCUAUGGGUCAUGCUGAUUUUUAUCCAAAUAUUGGACUAUAUCAACCUGGUUGUCAAGAAGAUAACAACCCUGGAAGCUGUAAUCACGAGAGAGCACCAUACUAUUAUGCCGAAUCCAUUAUAAAUUCUUCGGAGUUUUGGGGAUUUGCUUGUCCAAGUUGGUUGCACUAUAUAUUCGGUAUGUGCGGUAAUAAUACCAAUGAUGCAGUUAUGGGUUAUCAUGUGAAUCAUAGUGCAUUGGGGUCUUUUUUUCUUUCAACUUCACAUAAGUCGCCUUUUGCAUUGGGCCCCAUAAGAAGUCAACUGACCGGAAAUGUACGUUUGCAUUCAAAUUCCAACUUUAAUAUGGAACAAAUUAAUUAUGUGAAUUUUGAACCACAACUGACAAAAGGUUUUCCGGAAUUUGACGCAGUUGUGCGGAAUAAAAUACCAAAAGUGGAUGAAGCAAAUGAAAGUCAUCUCAACUAA